AUGACUCAAGUUGUGCCUGAACACGUGGCUCGUGCCAAAGUUGUUAGUGGAAAUAAUAAUUCUCGAAAAGACAAUAGUACAACACAAAAAAGUCGUUCACAACGUUCAAAUUCUGCUACAUUAAGUGCGAUAUCCGUUACAUGUGAUACAGAUACUUCAACUCGAUCACGUAAUAAUCGUCCUCAACAAACUUCAACAAAAAAAUCUACUCUUAUGUUUACAGCAACAAAUAAUAUAGCUGCAUCUCGUUCAACAUCAGCAUUAACAAAUGUUUCUGUUAUAACUCCAAAUUCAUUUAAUAAUCAUCAACAACAACGUAAAACAUCUAUGUCAACAGCAUGUGAAAUAAAUAUUAUACAUGAUAAAUCAAAUAUAGUUUCAUCAGCAUCAACUAUGUCAAUACCAAAUAAACAUUUGAUUAAAACAACAACUGGUGCUGUUGGAGGAACACUACCAUCGGUUAAAAGUCUAUCUAUAAAACAUAAAUCAACUUCAUUUGAUGAUCAUCGAUCAACACGUGGAAUUGGAAAAAGUGUUCUCGAACAUCUUGUCUUUGUUUUUCCGGAAAAUGUUCGAAGAAUACUAGCAGGGCCAAAAAAUUUAACCGUGCGCACCGACGAAGGCCGUCAACCUGUUGAACCUAUUGAUUUAGGAGAACCACCAUCGAUCGACGAAGUAAAAAGUUGGUCAGAAUCAUUUGACAAAUUAAUGAUGAGUCCCGCUGGUCGUCAUUAUUUUCGAGAAUUCCUAAGAUCAGAAUAUAGUGAAGAAAACUUUUUAUUUUGGAUGUCUUGUGAAUCUCUAAAAAACGAGCAAAAUCCUGAUAUAAUAGAAGAAAAAGCAAGAUUAAUUUAUGAAGACUAUAUAUCUAUUUUAUCUCCGAAAGAGGUAAGUUUAGACAGUCGUGUGCGCGAAGUAAUUAAUAAAAAUAUGGUUGAACCAUCUCCGCAUACAUUCGAUGAAGCCCAAUUACAAAUUUAUACAUUAAUGCAUCGAGAUUCUUAUCCACGUUUUAUCAAUUCACAUAUGUACCGGCGAUUAUUACGUAAUGAAGACGUUAAAACUUGA